GCAAAAACUUGUAUAUAAUAAGUAAAGACUGGGUCGGUCGAGACUCUUUCUUAGUCAAGUGGGAAGACAGCACCGAAUCAGACAGACACAGAAGAAGAUCAUCCGACCGGCGAGAUAGUUCGAUUUCUAGUAAACUAACUGAUAAUCCAAGUCGUAAGUACGAACCACUCAAUGAGAAUCUCACGUCAAUAAGCUACGACUACGAAACGAAUUCGAUCGGGUUCAGCGCUUGAAAAGCUAUCGAAGAAGAGUCAAUUCAAUGCUCAAGUCAAAGGGGGGAGUCCACUUAUUCUAUAUUCAAUAGAACACUGCUUCAUAUCUCAAUCUAUAGAGAGAAAUCUGUGGCUAAGAACCCUUCAGCGGACUCGACCAAGAGGAAGCGAAAGAUGACUCGACCAAAGGCUCAGCCGACUGAGAAAGUUUAUCAGUCGAAGGAUAAACUGAAUUCAAAUCUCAUUUGCUUGUUGCCGGUUUUUAGCCAUAUCAGUAAGGCUAGUGAGCAAGUUUAGGUUUAGGAAUAGGAAUGAUUCUUAGGAAGCAACCUCUUCUCUGUCAUACUCAGAGAAGCCUUCCUCAUCCACCUCGACUUCGCUUGAACGAUUUCCCAUGUAGAACAAGGCUUGCUGAUGUCGUAGGUACUGAGCAUAAAAUCUUGGGAGACAUCGUUCGGUAAGUUUCCGUCCACGGCGUUACUCUUUUUUCUUCAAUGCUUAAGUCGAUCCUGCUUACAGACUUGCUUGAAGAAGAGAAGAAAGCAAUUCUUAUGCCCAAAGACUCCCAUGCCUUUCUUGGUCGGACCAACCCAACCGGUGAUUUCCGACAAGUCUUUCUUCAUUAAAGUGGUGAGAAGCGGAACUACAAGAAAACUUUCUUUCUCUUUAUGAAUAACCAAUUAAUUGUCUAUGGGGAUCCAACGCCUAGUGAUCUUCUAUUUAUGAAGACAGAGACUAUCUCUUUCAAUACCUCUAGUACUAUUUCUUCAACUAGGUCGGACGCGCAAAGCGCUCCACCGGAACUAGACCUACUCUUGGAUCAUAUUUGCAAUGAAUCCACCAAAUGUAUGAAAAUGACCAAUAGGCAGUUACCCCCAGAGUGGAACAUGCCUGAAAUUGUUCGUGCAGUAAUCGGCGAGGACGGAAUUGAAAUGCCGUCCUUGCUCACUGCAGAUUUUUCUGAUAUUAUGUUACACAAGGAUAAGAGCUGGUUAUGCGAGGAAAUAUAAAAUUUUAUUGAUCUAAUCAACUAUAUGUACUAGUCUGUUUGGAAAAUUAACUCUAUCCUACCUAUUUUUUUUUAAGUCAUCGCCCAUAACGCUUUUCUUUUUUUCGGUAUGCCGCUCCGCGAGCAAGGAGCGAAAACAAAGCAAGGCGCGGCAGCCCUCUUUUUUUGGAGGAAAUCUUUUGAUUGCGUAUUGAAUAUAGAUCCAUGUCUUUCUUGUUCCACUAGCUAGGACCAAAUUAUCACAUGUCCGUUUUGUUAUUACAACCUUCUUUUUUGAUGUCAAAGACCAGAAGCUACGCGCAAAUUUUCAUUGGAGCUUGGUUGUUCUUAACAGCGAUGGCUAUUCAUUUAAGUCUUUGGGUAGCACCACUAGAUUUUCAACAAGGUGUAAAUUCUCGUAUUCUCUAUGUACAUGUUCCUGUGGCUCGGAUGAGUCUUCUUGUUUAUAUCGUUACGGCUAUAAACACUUUCUUGUUCCUAUUAACAAAACACCCUCUUUUUCUUCGCUCUUCCGGAACCGGUACAGAAAUGGGUGCUUUUUCUACGUUGUUUACCUUAGUUACUGGGGGGUUUCGGGGAAGACCCAUGUGGGGCACCUUUUGGGUGUGGGAUGCUCGUUUAACUUCUGUAUUCAUCUCGUUCCUUAUUUACUUGGGCGCGCUGUGUUUUCAAAAGCUUCCUGUAGAACUGGCUCCUAUUUCAAUCCGUGCUGGACCGAUCGAUAUACCAAUAAUCAAGUUUCCAGUCAACUGGUGGAAUACAUCGCAUCAACCUGGGAGCAUUAGCCGAUCUGGUACAUCAAUACAUGUUUCUAUGCUCAUUCCAAUCUUGUCUAACUUUGCUAACUUCCUCUUCUCAACCCGUAUCUUCUUUGUUCUGGAAACACGUCUUCCUAUUUCAUCUUUUCUCGAAUCUCCUUUAACGGAAGAAAUCGAAGCCCGAGAAGGAAUACUAAAACCUAGUUCACUCGCUGAGCUUUUUGCAUCCAUGGCCGAAUGCUUAAAGCGCGAAACCUAUAACAAAAGGGGUUAAUUCGUAGGUUCGAUUCCUGCUGGAUGCACGUUCAGUUCGAAAGAUGAAAGCUAUUUACAGACUGACUUAUGGAACGCCAAAGAAAGUUUUAGACUGAUAACCCGACAUCUUUUAUUUAGAAGAGCUCCUUCGGACCCUUGUAAUGCCUUGAUCUAAGGCGAAAGCGAAGAAGAGUUCCUUCAUAAUAAGAUCAGGACUGUAAGACUCACUCUUGCCCUUGAAGUACCUCUCUGGUGAGGUUAUGAAAUAGCUCGACCAGCCCUUGAACCUAGCCCUCGGAAGAUUUGAUUCAAUCUGCUAAGCUGUUUAGAUUGUCUUUCUGACUCUGGCAGGGAAGAGUGCUACUUACCCGACAGGGAAAAGAAAAUGACUAGCUGGUAAUCCCUCUUAACUAGUAAAGAGUCCUCUCCUGCCUUCUCUUCCUCUUCUUUUUUUUACUGUAAAAGGCCGGUUAACUCCUACUGUAGAUAGAUGGGCUUACUCGCUAUUUAGUACCCAUCAAACCUAAUAGAAACAGCCUGCCUAGUCCGAAAGCGCUGAAGUGACUUCUGCCGCUAACUUCUUUCUUAACCUGAAGGCACAUGGAAAGAGUUUGUUAGUCCUAUAGAUAGAAAUAUAUACAUAUUACUGUCUAAGAAAGUAGUCUUUUAACUAUCAACUCCUGAGUACCCAACUCUAGUAGAUGCGGGCAGAAAGACUUUUAAAGGAAAGAUAAGAUAUACAGCCUAGUUCCUCUUAGUCUUACUGUCCUUCUCUUAUUCAACAACUGGCUUGUGCGCCGAACACACCGAUAGAGUGUGCUUUUUUUCUUCUUUAUUUUACGGCGUUUAAGGAGUCUUAAACUUAGUCAUUAAGGGGUUAGUCGCUAGUAAGACCAAUCAACUUUCAUUUGUUGUUUUCGAAAUAAAUCAAAGGAGAUAUCUCGAGAGGGUUCUUUUUGCUGCUAAAAAAAGGCUCUGGAAGCGGUUUUUGCUAGGAUGAAUGCAGGAUAAGAAAUUCUUCUGUCGGGAGGGGUUAUAGAAAACAUAGUUCUGCUGGUGAAAUGGUUGCUGCACCGACUGCACACUGGACUAGUUAAUCAAAGAAUGCGCUGCUGGAAGGAGGCUGGGAUGCUACCCUUGUUUCUGAAACCAACUGGAUCGAUGGGUUUCACAACUAGAACUGGCUAUAGAUCUCGAACUGAAGCAUCCGCCUUUGAAACCUCAACAUUUGGUUCCGCUAUCACGCCUAUGCUCCCCAAGCGGACUUUCAUAAGGUGCGACGUGUACCGGGCAAUCAAUCGGAGGCGCUCUGCUGGGCGAAUGGGAGUCCUAAAUUCCCCCCGGGGGAUGACCUUGAAAAUAGGUGACGUCACAUACCAUCCAUCUGUGCUAAGAAAGGUUAUAUGUAUAAGGGCUAAGUUUCAUCCGUAGUUCCGUAUGCCUCAGCUAAGGUAGAGUCAUAGGCAAGUGCAACAACACUAGAUUCAGUGCCGAUUUUGUGGCAAUCCCAUGGCUACUUUUUGAUUCGGAUUCAUACCCGGUGGGAUCGACUUUCCCGAGUCCAAGCACAAAUAGCGGAGAUAGCUGUGGGAAAAACUGGAGCAGAACCAUUCGUUGGAGAUAAAGACUCCGAUCGGUCAGUUGCCCUAACGGUGGCUCCAUACAGGUGAAAUUUGGUUCUUAGGCCCGUUACGGGAAAGUUUCACUUCGGGUAACCAAUCUGUUGUGUUGUCUGUCAGGACGAUGACCCUUCCUAGAAGGGGCCCUUUUUCCUUUUUUUUUUCUGGAACUAGCACACGGGCUCUCGAUCAGCAUAAAUAGGCGGUGUGGAUAGGGUAGAAGAGAACCGGGCAAGACCUCAUAGCUAUGCCUGUAACUAUGGAAGUGGGAAUCCGGGGGGUCACAAUAGUGAAAGAUUCGGAAAAGGAUUCCUCUGCUGAGAGAUCCGGCAUAACCACUCACGAAAGCUUUAAUCAUCUUUGCAGACUUCAUUGGUUGUCCUUUAACAAUCCUUAAUAGUAGAUCCAAUUCCGGAAUCAUAUAGAACUAAGAUCCCAAGGAUUUUUUUAGAAGCCAAGAUGUGAGACAACUCAUAUCUGAAGUAAUUGAUGCACAUCUUAACUUGUUGCGCUUCGAAGAACUCUUGCUCACAGGAGAGUUCCAGAUUGCUCCAUAUAGCGAUAAAGUAAUCAACAGACUCGUGUUGACGCUGCUUGGCUUCCGUCAAUUCUGUCACGCCUACACUCCUGUGGGUACUUUCUAAGUGUUUUUGAAACCGAGCCACAAGACUAUCCCAAUAAAUCUUGGAUUCACCCAGGAGUUGCUAUAUCAUACAAGGGCAUCCCCUUCGAGUGAUUACACAAAUUGUCGAAGACAUAAUGCUCCAUUAUUCUUAGAGGUCUCUCCGCAACGAGAAAGAAAGUGUGCCAAGUCUUGCUCUGGGUUGCCAAAAGCGUUGAACAUACAGAAUGAAGGCAUUGCCUGGGUCUUCUUUGAGCUAAAAGUCAUUACUCUAUUAUGAUUGAUUGCUAGAAGUAAUAGAAGAGAAAGGAAUAGAAAGAGGAGAUCUCAGCUCGUGUGAGCUGAUCCCAUGUAGUUAACUCGAAAUGAAAUGGAAAUGAGUGACUCUCGGGUGAACCGAUUGCUUCAAGAUAGGAUUUGCUUAGCUUUCUUCAUUAAGCGAAGCUUAUGGAAGUUUACUUACUCACUUGAUAGAGUGAGGUUAUGUAGUAUCUUAAGAUUGGGCUCUGAGUGUGGGCUGCUAUUCUCUACAGUAUCUUAUCAAUCGUACCCCGACCAAGAUUCUUGAAGGUAAGACACCUUAUGAGGUUUUCUUUGGUUCUACACCGCAACAUGGUCAACUUAAGGUAUUUGGGUGUCUUUGUUACGCUCAUAAUAAGCCUCGUACAAAGGAGAAAUUUGCUUCAAGGAGUAGAAAAUGUGUCUUCCUCUAAUAUUCAAUUAGU